CCUUAAGGUGCAAACGUUUUUACAUUUCAAUAUUGUUUCGAACAGUCAAACGCCGUAGACUCUGAGCGGUCCGGGCUCGCGCUGCCUUCGUCCACGCUCCGUAUUCUGAUGACGUAGUUGUUAGUGCGACAGGUACGACAGCUGUUGCCAGGUUGGGUCGCUUUUCCGCUACAUGUUAAUGGCUGUUUACGGUGUGUUUAGCGUAUUUUUUCGCCCGGAAGGCUCUGUGGAAAGCUGGCGCGCUCUUGAACAAAGUUAUACUGUGAGAGAGCGCCGUUCACAAACGCCACAAUGAACGUGUUCACUAACGUUCAUCAAGCGGAAAUACGGCACGUUUAGUUCACGUUCGCCCAAAAUAUGAACGAGUUCGUGAGCGAUCCUGCGUUGAACGCGUUCAGGCGCAACACUGGAGGGGCUCAUGAGCCGUGCUGCAGCCAGCCAACAUUUAAGAACAAUAAUGGAAAGCAUGCAGAUAAUGUUUGAGCGUGAGAAUGAAGGCUCACAGUGUGUGUAUAUGUGUGUGCUGAUUAUCUCUUCUGUUUCAGGUUUAUUUGAUUUCAUUCUUGUUAUAAUUAGUCGUUAAAAUCAGCGUAUCUUUUCCCUGGGGGUGGCUGUUCCCAGGCCUUCAGCAGCCCUGUUCCCUCCUGCACCAAUUACUGCUGUGAAAGCCAAGUGCCCAGCCUCGUUAAAGACUCACAUUGGCUCCUCUUAUUCACCCCUCUUCCCCACGGCUCGUAUGUCGCUCCAGCGGCUUAUUAUGGCCGUUUACCCACGCUGCAAAAAAUGUCCUUCUAAACAGGAAACAUGAUUGAAAUUAUAUCCUAAAAUAAAUUAGAAGCUGUCCAAAACAAUCCAAACACAUGAUUUUGUGAAUGUUAACACAGACCACUUGAUAUCAGGCUAAAUAAUAGCUCUAAACUCAACUUCAUGGUGUAAUUAUGGAAAACAAUACAGCACUGAAAAACUUGGGACAAAUUACAAACCAGGCAGGUCCAGAGCAAACUUUUUAAUUUAGUCUUUAAUAUACAGCUAUGAGCGGGAUGUACAAAUGUGUGCACUACUUGAAAUGCUAAGCUAACAGUCAGCUGUUUACUUUGUUGUCAUGGGAGCAAACCUGAGGUCCGGUCCACUUGUGAGAGACAGCGGCCAUGUUAACUGUUCAGCGCCAGCUACAGCCAGAGGACUGAAUCCAGAGGAUGACGAAGCUCUGAGAGACUCAAAGACGUUUGGACACAGCUCAGUAAGCUGCCAGCCUGAGCUGUUCAGAGGGGGGAAAACAGGCGCUUCGUCCUUAUCUGACUGCAGGCGUGUGAGACGCUGGGCGAGGUUUGAUGCUGCAGGGGGAUCAUCAGGACCUGCAGGAGGAUUCAAGGAGCGGCUGAGUUGCAGCCAGCUUCAGCACACUCAUGGCGGGCUUACGGGGAGCCACACAGCAGCUUCCACGCCUCUGGUUUGUGAUGUGUGUUUCUGCUGUUCUGCUGCUCGUCCUCUUCAGUCGAGCGUUAAGAGACGGACGGCAGGACCAGAGACACAAGCGGGACGUCGAGGACUCCACAGAUAUCCCAGCAGAGCACAUCGAUCCAGCGGCCAUCGACCUCACUCCCCUCGUCAAUACUUUAAUAAAUACGAGCCAAUCGGGCUCCCGUCAGCUCUUCUCCCUCCUCAGCGUGACGUCCUACAGCCCUCUGGCGCUCCACAAACUCACCCUGUUGGUGUACAACAUCUCCAGCAUUAGAGGUAUAGAAAGCAGCAAGUUCAGGAGAAGAUUCUGCUACUGCGUCUCAAACGAGACCAACGAUCUGACAGACUUUGCAGCCAUACUGUUGGACGUGAUAGGAAACUCAACCAGUUACCUUCAUGAGCUCUUCAAAUCCGCCUCCAUAUUAUCAGUGAGCCAGAGGAACAACUCCGACUGCAUCUACAUCUGUGUGAUGGCAGGGAAGAUGGGCAGAGAGGUGCUGGAGCUGUGGGAUGUCGACUCCAUCACGCCGCUCUUCAACCAGACCAUCAUGGAGGGACCGCACAGGGCCUCCGAAUGGCACCAACCUCCCACCAGUCUGAGUCACACCCCUCCGUCCGGGAUGAGCUCCGUGCUGACCAGCAGAGUCCAUUCCACAGCACACGGUUCUCCAACGGCUGUGCAGGAAGCAGCAGGCCAGACGUCCGCCGACGCGCCGGGGACGACGCAAAGAGCGACCACUCGGAGAGAAACAAGACAAGCGGCGACUACACCUCCAGAAAGACCACCAACCACAACCAUCCUACCACCGACCCCCGCCCUGCAGCUCGCCGGUCUGAGCCGGCUGACCACAGCUACACGCCAGCCAGGUGUGACUUCCACAGUUCAUCUGGAGAGACCUCCACCAGCCCGGCCCACCGCAGGACCCACGGGGGCCAGAGGGGCCACUACAACACCCAGCAGGCCUGUGGAAAAACCAGGCUGUCCCUGGAGGAGACCGGAGCUCACGGGCGUCUCGGCCUCCGGCAGCUCGACGACCGUCGGCGCUCACAAGCUGCAGCCCUGCGUCCUGGAGCUGUGCAAGUUCUUCUCCCAGUGCCUCUGCAGACCCCUCAGCCGCAAGACGCGCAUGAAAAGGUACUGCGACGACAGCCACGUGUGGUACGAGAAGCACACGUCUGAGGUGUGUCGGCGGGUCAGGAGGGUCUCCUUCUCCAGAAAUUUGAAACAAAGAUGCCUGACAAAGAUAUGCAAUAAACUGUGACCGCAGAGGAAGCUGAGAGGAACAAAGAGCCGUUCAUCAUCACAGGAAGUGACUGAAACCACAAACUGCAGCUGAGUACUGAAUCUGCUCGUGUCCAGGUUGGACACCUGAAGAUUAUUGGACAGUUUUACACGUCUGUGUUUUCAUAUUUGUCCAUUUAAACUCUAGUCAUCAGCACAGUGUAGUUAGUAGUGCCAAGAAGACUUCAAAAUCUGGAAUUCAGAAGCUGUUAACCUGCUGACUGAACAUUCUGGACUAUUUAUGAAAUGAUAAUCGAUGCUAAAUCCUUACUAUUUAAAACAAAUUGUAAAGCAAAUCUUCUUUUCCUGUUGUCAAGAAGCUCAUAGUGUCCAUGCAAUAAAAAG